AUGAUGAAUGAUACUCGAAACGACACUUUAGUCAAUAGAAUAACAAUGAAUAAUGAGUCAAAACCAAUUGUUCGUCGUCAUCGUCGUCGUUCUAUUAUCCAUGAAUUCUGUUUGAAUACAUCGACUUAUGCUUUACCGGGAAUUGCUCGUAGUGAAACUCUUCGUAAUCGUUUGUUUUGGUCGAUUUCAUUUCUACUAUUUACUGGUAUAAUGAUCUAUUUUGUAAUUCAGUCAAUAAUAAGAUAUUUUGAUUAUCCAACAACAAUCGAUGUGUCGUAUGAUAAUGAUAGUCAACAAUACUUUCCCGCAUUUACCUUUUGUAAUAUCGCAAUAUUUCGGUUCGAUCGAUUCAUCGAACCUUUUCUGAAUUAUACAAAUUUUCUAAAUCUAACAGAUACCAACGAUACAACAACAAUAUCUCCAUAUCAAGCGAAUUUAGUUGAAAGUUUUAUGCUUCAUAAAAUUAAUAAAGAUGUAUCAUUAGAAGAUUAUUUCUUUUCCAUUAUCAUCAAUGCUUCAUUUAUGCUUACACAAUUUUGA